AUGAAUACUAGGAAAAUAACGCUUCAGCAGUUCGGCGGCACACGUGCCUUCACAAAUCACGCCGCUGAAAGGAACAUUCAACGGUUUUUGGAUAUAGACGACUUCAGCAGGGUUAUCAUCGCACGUAAGGAAGCGGAGCUUCUUGAACACAAACGGCGAUCAGCAGCACACCAGCACAAGCUUAGUGUGCUUUGCCCGAAAUAUUCCGGGCUGGACGACAGUACAACUGUGAUCAACCUCUCUUCCAAACGACUGGACGACGACCACACCUCCGUGCUAACUAAAGGUAUGAACUACGCCAUCAUUCCCCGAAGCAUACCUGUUAGCGAGAUUGUGUCGGAAGUAGAAGACAGACUGCGGCCAGUCAAAGAUAAAAUAGCAGCCAUAGCGGCGAGGAACAAAGUAAUCGGAAUACUACAGAACGCAAACCUUCCGCCUAAAAACAUCACAAAAGCUGAACAGAAUGCUCUAAAAGACCUUCGCAACGACGAUACAAUUGUUAUUUUGCACGCCGAUAAAAGCAAAGCGACUGUGAUACUGAAUCGUGACGAUUACGACAGCAAGAUGGAGUCCAUCCUUCAAGACCGCUCCCAUUUCACCGAACAAUCGUGUGACCCAACAGCUGCAUCUGAGAGAAAGAUUGUUGCCGCGCUCAGGAAACUCAGAACCAAGAAACUCAUUACGGACAGUCUGUACUGGAAACUUUUCACCUCCGACGGAGCGACACCGAAGAUAUAUGGCCUACCGAAAGUUCACAAGAACAGUUGUCCUCUGCGCCCCAUUGUGUCCUUCAUAGGUGCACCGUCCUAUAACGUGUCUAAAUUCCUGGCUGAACUGUUGGCACCUUUAAUGUACAAUAGCGACCGGUCGGUGAAGAACUCUGCGGUAUUUUGUGAGCUCAUCCGUGACAUCCGCAUAGACGAUGGCGACGUCGUGAUGUCUUUUGAUGUCAUCUCCCUGUUUACAAACGUGCCCAUUGACGUAGCUCUGUCCGUAGUUCGAACGAAGCUGAGAGCUGAUGUUGACUUAGAAGACCGCACUGAUCUGAGGACAUUUUAG